AUAAAUUUAAAUUCGCAUUGUUCGUCGUAUUCCAGUUUUGUGAUCAAUAGCAUUAUACAAUAACGUUCAGUUGAUAUCAUGUUACAGCGAAGAAAUGUGGUUUUGCAUUUUAUAGGCGUUUAAACAAAUCGUUGUCUAUAUGUAAAUAGGAUAAUUUUGAUUUUUUAAGCGCAGCGUGCAAUUAAUUCGUAUGAUUUAUGUUCAAUAGUACACAUUUAAUUAUAGUGUAAUUGAUGAUACAUAAAUGAAAACUUACAAAUAGGACAUGCGGUUAUACAAAAUCUAGUAUUUUUUCUUUGUACCAUUAUAUAUAGGGCAUAAGUACAAUUGAUAAGAAGAAAAUAUAUUUUAUAUUAAGAACAACCACACGAACAUGUAUCUGACAGUGUUUAAUAUUUUGCCGAUAGGUCAUAGCAAAAGGAUGGUCGUUGAAUGAUCUUCUCCUUGUGCAUAAUGAGGAAUAAAUAUGGAUAUAAUUAACAUAGAAGAUGUAGAAACUGGUGUCCGUCCGUCCAAGAAUUCUGCUCCAAUUCAAUGCAAUUGCAUUCAUUCAAAUUCAGUAUGCUAUGUUGUCGUAACGAUCGCCACCCUGGCUCUCCUGGGUGCAAUAGUCUUCAUCUGUAGAGAUUACAUUAAAGUCUUGCUCUAUUGGAUUGAGCAUCAGAAUGCCUGGAUUGUUACUGUAAUAUUUAUUGCACUUUUCACUGUGGUUUCAUUCCCCAUAGUGAUUGGCUAUCUAUUUCUUAUCAUUGCAAGCGGCUAUCUCUUUGGUAUAUUAAGAGGUAUAGUCAUGGUGGUGUUGUCUGCCAAUUUGGGAAUAGCAAUAGCUCAUGUCACACUUAGUGCGUUAUCCUCCAAGUUGCCUAUUGGAGCUCUUCUGAAAAAUGAUACUGCAAGAGCAAUACUUAGGGUCAUAUCUGGACCACAAGCCUUCAAGGUUGUGCUGUUCACAAGAUUAACUCCCAUCCCCUUUGGUUUACAAAAUACUAUCUUUGCUGUAAGCAAUAUGGGUGGUAUUCAAUACCAUAUAGCGAGUGCAAUAGGCCUGCUGCCUGCACAAAUCAUCAAUAUAUAUUUAGGCAGUAGCUUAAGAUCUAUGCAAGAUGUCCUCGAAGACAAAUCGACAGCGGCAACUGGUUAUAUUGUCUUCUGCUUUCAGAUUCUAAUAGGCAUUUCGUUGAUGGUAUACGUCGUGCAGAAAGCACGAAGAGAGCUUCAGUUGGCGUUAUUAGAGGCUGACCUUGCCUCCAUGGCCGAUACUUCUCAUUAUCUCUUAGACACGUUACCCGAUUCUAAGAUAGUUCUGACAAAUUUAAUUGCUUAAAAGAAUCUCGCGAUCAUACCUGCAUGCUCCGUACCUAAUAUUUUCAAAGAGCUCUCUUUUCAUUGCUUGCGAGGAUGAUAACGUAAUCAUCUUGUUCAUCUAAUACUACGUUGAGAGUACUAAUAUUUUUUAAUACCAGUAUUUAUUAAUCAAAUUUCGUAUCACACACGUGUUUUGUUCGAAAAAACUGUUUCGUGCCAAAUCUCAUUUCUUGCAUAUAAAAAAGUCUUCUUUCAUUUAAAUGAUUCGUGUGCAUUUAUAUUUCUUAACAUGUACAAAUUUUUACGUGCCAGUUAUUAACAGCUUUAUAUUUAUUUGUUUAUACAUUGUAAGCGGGUCUUCCGAAAAAUUGAUUUACACAGACUCACCGAACAUGCGGAACAUGAAGGCUAUUGAAUGUGAGAAUUAAAAAACCAUAAUUUCUUUAAUAAAAGCAAAUUGCUUUGUGUACAUAUUUGCUUGUAGAUGUUUAACUUAUUGUACGCAUAGCGUAUAAAAAAUCUAUGAUUGUAAAAUGUAUGUAAUCAUAGCUGCAUUUGUAUAAAAUUACCAGGGAACAUUUAUAAUAAUGUUUACAGCAGAAAGUAAACUUGAUCCGCAUUUUCCUAGUAAGACUGAAAGUAAAAUAUUCACAUUAAUUAUUUAUGGUUCCGUCAUAAUUGUACAAUAGCUCGUUCUAAACAAGAAACGUUUGUACAUAAUUCCUACUGUCUAUACAUAUUAUGAAUGACCAAUUCCGUGUACAGAAUCAUAUAAUUCGCAUGCUAGACUAAUUUAUGCUAGACGAGACGAAAACUACAUUCUACAAAUGUAACAUAAACGACUGUACCGAAUUAAAAAAGUUGCGUUUA